AUGAGCAAGUUCACCCUCUACGCACACGACGGGCCAGGUCCCAAUCCAGUCAAGGCAGCGAUCAUCCUCGACGAGCUCGACCUCGACUAUGAGAUCAAGGCCAUCCCAUUCGGCCCGGAAGGCGUCAAGGGAGCUGCCUAUCUCAAGAUCUGCCCAAACGGACGAGUUCCCGCGCUGGUCGAUCAUCAAAAUGGUGACUUUGUGGUCUGGGAGUCCGCCGCCAUCCUACAGUAUGUUGCCGCCAAGUACGACAAGUCUGGAUCCUGGGCUGGCAAGACCGUCGAAGAGCAGGCUACCGUCAACCAGUGGCUUGCCUUCCAGAUCUCCGGUCUCGGGCCGACUCAGGGCAACGUCAACUUCAAUAAGCUCUACUUUGAAGGCGCAAUGGGCGAGAAGCCAAGCGCAGGUCUCGUCAAGCGCUUCCGUGACGAGUGCGCACGCAUCUAUGGUGUGCUCGAAAAGCAGCUCGAGCACCAGGAAUACAUUGCGCUCGAUCGUAUCACGAUCGCAGACGUGGCCUAUCUCCCCUGGCUGCACAAGGACAUGGUUGGCUUUGGUGACCUGACGGACAUCUUUAGCAAGUAUCCCAAGGCAGUUGCUUGGAUCGAGAAGCUCUCUGCACGUCCUGCAACUCAGAAAGCAUAUAAGAAGCUCUCUGCAGCUUAUGGCAAGUAG